AUGUCGGAUUUGUUGCUGGCAAUAUUUUACCCAGACGCCACUGCGCUUCGUCUAGCCGGUAAGAUUUCAAACGACCAGUAAACGUGAAAUCGCACUCGAGACGCUUCGAGAGAUCGAGAACGUCGAAUGUGGACAGUGCGACAACGUAUGGCGCAGCCGCGAUACUUUCGUCGGUCGUGCCGUGCCUUCAGUGACUAUUAGCCAGUUAUCGUCGUACAUUUACGAGAACUGCCACGAUAAUUACCGCCUUAUUAUCUGUCGCGGCCGAAAUCGCUCGCCGUUGAAAGUGCAAAAAGCCUAACGAACUGCCAUUGAGCGGCAGAAGUGAACGUUAACAGCUGUUCGCGCGUGCACGUUCGUCGCGUGAAGUAUAUAUAGUAAAGUAUGUAUCGCUUCGUUAACUAACCAUUUUCCUAUUCCUAUCAAUUUUUGACAGUCUCUGGCGUCAUUAAGAAUCUGUAAUACGUGUAAUCGAGGUGAAAUUUAGAGAUCAUUGGAUCAGGGACCAAUUAAAUAAAAUAACUAAAUAAUAAUAAUUAAAUAUAUUAAAUAUAAAAUGUUUUCUAUUUUAGCGCCAUGUUGUAUUGGAGAUUGGCAAUUGUAGCUUUUAUUUAGCAAUUUUAUCGUAGAUCUCACUCGACUGAAAAAAUGUAUGGAGUGUCAGCUAUCGAGGUAACCAAUAAUCGAUAUAGACGUCAAACUACUGGUAACACUCGACGAUUACAACUAUCGAUAUUUCUCUUUAGUCGUUAGUUCCAAUUCUGGCCAGUUAUCGAAGCGCUAUUGUGCACGUAAUGCACACUUCGUUUUCGACAGUGCGUUAUUACAAUCUGACAGAUAUUCAAUUUCGUAGUGAAGAAUUUACGUGGGUGAAUCGUAAUGAACGUGGCGAUCCGACCAGUGACCUUUCAGAUAUGAUGUAA